UCUGUUCACUCUUCAGUUGAAUUGCACGACUGAACACAAAACACAUACAAAAUGAGUUCACCCCUCCGUCCCAGCACUUCUGCUGCAAACCGCGGCUUGGGAAAUCUGAGCAGGCGUAAAAGAUCAAGAGAACCCGAUGAUGAUGCUAUGUCGGUUGCUCCUCCCUCCAGCCCCCCCCCCUCGUCCCCUCCUAUGCUGCCAUUCGAUGACGAUGAGGAUGAGCGAGAUGAGGAAGCCGAGCUUGAUAUUGAUGACAUUGAGGAGAUGGCGGAGGAUGAAGACGGGAUUGAUCUCUUCGGUGAUAAUUAUGACAGAGAUUACCACCAUUUAAAAAAAGAUCGCUAUAGAGGACGAUACAUCGAUGACGAUGACGACCAAGAAGAACUCGACAUCAGCGCCCGUCGUGAACUAGAAGCCCGCCUGGAUAGGAGGGACCGUGAAUUGGACCGUCGCCGCCGGAUGCCCGCGGCUUUCCUGCAAGAUGACGAGGAAGGAGACAUUGAUCUCACUCGCCAACCACGCAGACGCAGACACCACUACGACGAGGACCGGGACGAUAUCGAGAUGGUCGACGAUGGCUUAGAAGAGCUCACGCUUGAGGAAUUGGUCGACGUCAAAUCAUCCAACAUCACCGACUGGGUCCUCCAACCUCAAGUCCUCCGAUCCAUCUACCGUGAAUUCAAAGCUUUCCUCACAGAAUUUACCGACCCCACAGGUUCUUCGGUCUACGGAAACAAAAUUAAAACUCUUGGUGAGGUGAACUCUGCCUCUCUUGAAGUCUCCUACACCCACUUGAGCAGCACCAAGGCUGUUCUGGGGUACUUCCUUGCCAACGAACCCACCGAAGUUCUCAAGGUUUUCGACCAGGUCGCUCUGGAUGUCACUCUCUUCCACUACCCACAAUAUCAUGACAUUCACAACGAGAUUCAUGUCCGCAUUACCGAUCUUCCGAUUGUUUAUACCCUUCGACAACUGCGCCAGUCCCAUUUGAACUGCCUUGUCCGUGUCAGUGGAGUCGUCACCCGCCGGACGGGUGUGUUCCCACAGCUGAAAUAUGUGAUGUUCAUUUGCCAGAAGUGCAACAUCACGCUGGGCCCUUUCCAGCAGGAGAGCAGCUCCGAAGUGAAGAUCUCCUACUGCCAAAACUGCCAGUCUAAAGGACCGUUCACUGUAAAUUCGGAGAAGACAGUGUACAGGAACUACCAGAAACUUACUCUGCAAGAAUCUCCCGGAUCAGUCCCCGCCGGACGUCUGCCCAGACAGCGCGAGGUGAUUCUUCUUGCCGAUCUCAUCGACUCGGCCAAACCGGGUGAUGAAAUUGAAGUUACCGGUAUAUAUCGCAACAGCUAUGACGCGCAACUCAACAAUAAGAACGGAUUUCCUGUCUUUGCGACGAUUAUUGAGGCUAACUACGUUGUCAAGUCACACGACCAGCUGGCUGGUUUCCACUUGACGGAAGAAGAUGAGCGUGAGAUCCGUGCUCUAUCGCGCGACCCAGAUAUUGUUGAUAAAAUCGUCCGCUCAGUGGCACCCAGUAUCUACGGUCAUCAAGAUGUCAAGACUGCCGUUGCUCUCUCCCUCUUUGGUGGAGUCAGCAAGGAGGCUCAGGGCAAGAUGUCAAUUCGUGGAGAUAUCAAUGUUCUCCUGCUAGGUGACCCGGGUACAGCCAAGUCUCAGAUUCUCAAGUAUGUCGAGAAGACAGCCCACCGUGCAGUCUUUGCUACAGGUCAAGGAGCAAGUGCUGUUGGUUUGACGGCCAGUGUUCGUCGCGACCCUUUGACUAGCGAAUGGACGCUGGAGGGAGGAGCCCUGGUGCUGGCAGAUCGCGGCACCUGUCUUAUCGACGAGUUUGACAAGAUGAACGACCAAGAUCGAACCUCCAUCCACGAAGCUAUGGAGCAGCAGACCAUUUCCAUUUCCAAAGCAGGUAUCGUAACGACCCUGCAAGCCCGCUGUGCCGUAGUUGCUGCCGCCAACCCUAUCGGUGGCCGGUACAACAGCAGUGCUCCGUUCUCCCAAAAUGUUCAGCUCACGGAACCCAUCCUGUCUCGUUUUGACAUCCUCUGCGUUGUGCGCGAUCUAGUCGACCCAAGCGAGGACGAGCGACUGGCCAGCUUUGUGGUGGAAUCUCACCACCGCGCAAACCCCACCAAGCCUCUGAAAGACGAGACCGGAAAGCUGAUCAACACAGAUGGUGAACGCGUUGAUGAAGAGGGCUAUCGUGUCGACGAGGAGGGCAACCGCCUCGCUCUGCGUCCAGAGGAAGUGGAGGCCCGUGAAGCCGCCAACACCAAAGAGGAAGAUGAAAAGGAAGGCGAAAUUCCCCAGGGGCUUCUCCGCAAAUACAUUCUCUACGCUCGCGAGCACUGCCACCCGAAACUCUACCAAAUCGACCAAGAUAAGGUUGCGCGGCUGUUCGCGGACAUGAGACGGGAGUCUCUUGCGACAGGAGCGUACCCUAUUACUGUCCGUCACCUCGAAGCUAUCAUGCGUAUCGCCGAGGCUUUCUGCAAAAUGCGUCUCUCGGAGUAUUGCUCUGCACAGGACAUCGACCGCGCCAUUGCAGUGACCGUGGACUCCUUCAUCGGCAGUCAAAAGAUCAGCUGCAAGAAAGCUCUCUCGAGGGCUUUUGCCAAAUACACCCUCUCCAGACCCAAGCCCCUAUCCAAGCGCAAAGCCGGCAUCCCGGCCCCGAACCCAUUCGAUCUACGUCGGUUCUCCCAGCGGGCGUAGUAGUAGUUCUCUUUCUCUCCUCCUUU